UAAUGCAUCUAGAAGCUGUUUACCAACCGCUAUUAACCGACAAAGGAACUUCCUUGUUCUGUCAGGUCAGAGGUCAGAUCGCGCGCCUCACAUUAAAAUGGUGAGAGGAAGUUUUGAAACAAGCGGUUUCAUGACAGACUAAAGCUGAUACACCAACUUUGAAACUGCUGUGAACGCUACAAAGAACAACAGUUUUGUGAUUUUUUUCCACCCCAGUAGGCAGUUUAUCGUUGUUAGCUUAUCCGUUAGCCACUUUAGCUGGCUGAUGAAGAAGCUACCUGCUAGCUAACUAGCUCAACUUCAAGCUCGCUAACCGACACUGGCAUUUCUUUGACCGGAGCACAGCAAGCUAACGCAGACAUGCAGGAGUUACUGGCUAAUGUGGACCACAUUAAGUUUGACCUGGAGAUUGCUGUGGAGCAGCAGCUGGGAGCGCAGCCUCUGCCUUUCCCCGGCAUGGACAAAUCCGGGUCUGCUGUUUGUGAGUUCUUCAUGAGAGCAGCUUGUGUGAAAGGUGGGAUGUGUCCGUUCCGUCACAUCAGCGGAGAGAAGACGGUGGUGUGUAAGCACUGGCUCAGAGGACUGUGUAAGAAGGGAGACCAGUGCGAGUUCCUCCACGAGUACGACAUGACCAAGAUGCCUGAAUGCUACUUCUACUCCAAGUUUGGUGAGUGCAGCAACAAGGAGUGUCCCUUCCUGCACAUCGAUCCAGAGUCGAAGAUCAAAGACUGUCCCUGGUACGACCGAGGCUUCUGUAAACACGGCCCGGACUGCAGACACAGACACAUGAGGAGAGUGAUCUGCAUGAAUUACCUGGUGGGCUUCUGUCCAGAGGGAAAAUCCUGUAAAUUUAUGCACCCCCGUUUUGAGCUGCCCAUGGGAACCUCUGAACAGCCUCCUCUACCACAGCAGACCCUGAACCAGAUGAAGCCUGUGCCAACCAUCGGCCGCUCCUCGCUCUCGCUGAUUCAGCUGACCAACUGCAGUCUGGGCCAGCGGCCUCAGGACAACAUAGUCAUAGGCGCUUCUCAACAAAAUAACCUGGCUGCCAACAGAGGGCCCCGUCCGCUGGACCAGGUCACCUGCUACAAGUGUGGUGAGAAGGGCCACUACGCCAACAAAUGUACUAAAGGUCAUCUUGCCUUCCUGAGCGGACAGUAACCUCCAGACACUCCGGUUAAGACUUUGCCUUUUUCAGCCUGUAGAUACAUGAAGGUGACCAGGAAGGACACCGUUUGGCUCAGCUCACAUUGUGUCUCACAGGAUAAGUGCUGAGUUGACCACCAGUGGACACAGUGCUCAUGUUCUCACAUCUGGACUCUGUACAAACAAAGGUUCUUGCUGUAGAUGUCAGGUGUGUAUAGGCAGAAACAGUCCCAGUCAUUAAACACACUGCCUGCACACUGAUGAGGCUCUAAAGAAGCAAAACAAGGAAGUUUAUUCCAUGUGGAAAAAGUGUUGCCUCUGUAAAGCCUGUUUUGUGAGUAUGAGGUUUUCUAUGAAU